AUGGAAGCAUCAGAAAUAUUAGAUGCAAUGCAACAAUCAACAAUCUCAACGAGAUCUGACUUGAUCGAAAACUCCGAGCUGAUUAAACAUCAAUACUCUGAACAAUUAAAAGAAGAUCGAAAAGAAAUAAUAUCCGUAUUGGAAUCAAGUGAUAUUGAAAGUAUCCCAGAGAAAAUUCGUCGAUGGUUAGAAAAGCAAAGCGAAGAACGUCGGCAACAGUUUGAAAAAUAUCAACAAAUACACGAAGAAAAACAAGCACACCAUCUAGCUACUGAUCAAGCGCAGAUAAUCGAAUUAGCCUGUGUUUUAAAUAAAUUAGCUAUUAACUCUCAAAAUGCAGAUGAAUUCUGUGAAAAAUUGAAAAAUGAAGAAAAACGUUUGACUGAGAAACAUCAAGAGCUUAAAUCAUUAAGGAAAACGGUUACCGUACCGGUUAUCAUUCGGCAAGUAGACAAUCUAACAGGAGAACUCGAUUUAGGUGUAAAACAAGAAAGAAUGAAUGAGCGGUAUAAUCGAUAUUAUGGAGAUUGUUUUGGAGGUACAUAUUGGACUAAACCCUUGAAACGAGGUGGAAAACCUUACUUUUGUCCCCAAGGUUGGCGUCGUUUUGGAAUCAAAGUUGCUGAUACAAAAGAGGAAUUUGACCGACGUUGGGGACAUUGGUGCAUGGCAUAUCAUGGUACAGCACAUACAAAUGCAGCCCGCAUAUUGGCCACAGGACUACGAGUCGGCAGAGGGUGCCAUUUAAAAAACAAAAUGGUCGUUUAUCUAUCUCCUAGUAUUACUUAUUGUGCUCAUUACCGUUAUUCGAAACCGUGGAAAAAUUCUCAGAAGCCAGGAAAAUAUUAUCAAAUGAUUUUUCAAUGUCGCGUAAAUCCUGAAGUUUUAACAGCGGACAAAAUCAAAUCUCAAACUCUUAGGUGCCCAAAAUAUAUUCGUAUUGAUGAACAUUUCGCUAAUGACGAAAUAGAAUGGAUAAUUGAUUCAGGAGAUAAUGAAAACUUUAUAACCGAUAAUAUCAUUUGCUAUGGUAUAAUGAUACGUGUUUGUGAUAGAGAUCCAUAUGAGUUACCAGAAUCAGAAUGGUGGCAACAUACACCAUAUCCAAGAGACUAUCAGUAG